GCCCGCACUGCUGAAGGCCACACACUCUCACACACACAACAAACAUGCCACCCGCACCACAGGAAGAUGGGGAAGUGUAUUCAGAAGUUCUUUCCAUGUAUUACAAGAGGAUUUUUCCCUACAAACAGUUCUUCAAGUGGCUGUCCUACGGCGAAGCCUGGUCCACACCAACACUUGGUCCAUGAGGCCUGGGGGGGCUAGGGCAACCUGAGGGACGUAUCAACUCCACGUGGGGCAGUCAGGACUCUCUACCAGCAUACCUGGCCUACUAAGGAUCCUAAAGACUACUUCCAAAAGCGAGAAUUCAGCUUUACUUUGGCCAAUGAAGUGUAUGUACGGUUCCUCUCCUUCAGUGACCAGGAGGAUAUGGAGAAUGUGAUAAAAAAGAAAUGCCCUCAUAAGAUUGACAUUGGGGCUGUCUACAACUGCAUGCCAAAGGAGCGCAAGAGAGUUCAAAGUUUCAUCCCUACAUCAAAGGAACUCGUCUUUGAUAUUGACAUGACAGAUUAUGAUGAGAUUCGCACAUGCUGCUCAGGAGCAGAAAUUUGUAACAAGUGCUGGAAGUUCAUGACCAUAGCUGUCAAAAUACUGGACUCAUCACUCAGAGAGGACUUCGGUUUCAAGCAUAUCCUUUGGGUGUACUCUGGGCGGCGAGGAAUCCACUGUUGGGUAUGUGAUGCUAGUGCUCGCAUGCUCUCUCAGUCAGGACGCUCCACCGUGGCCGAGUACAUGGAGUUGGUGAAGAGCGGUGGUUCCCUAAACAAGAAAAUCUCCAUACCCUUGAAAAAGCAUCCAUUCAUCAAACGUGCAGAAGGCAUUGCGAGAAAGUAUUUUGAAGAGGCAUUACUGGAGGAACAAGACUUUCUGGGAACAUCUGAGAGGUGGGGCAAGUUCCUCAGCUUCAUUCCAGAUCAGAGUCUACAGGAGUCUCUUGAGGGACUCAUGCCACAGUGCAGUAACUCUUUGCAGCGCUGGAACAUCAUACAGCAGGAAGUUAACAAGGCCAUAAACAAGGGUGAUAAGAAGAGCAUACGGAAGAACCUUUUGACAGAGAUCGUCCUAUAUUAUACAUAUCCACGCCUUGACAUCAAUGUAUCCAAAGGCCUCAACCACUUGCUCAAGUCUCCUUUCUGCAUUCACCCGAAGACUGGCCGUGUGUGUGUCUGCUUCAGCCCACACAAAGCAGAAGAGUUUGACCCUCUGCUCGUCCCUUCUGUCAAUCAGUUGUUGGCAGAGAUCAGUGUCUUUGAUGACAACAAAAAUGAAAAGGAAAAUAUUGAUGAGUACAAGAAAACCUCGCUAAAAGGUUGUGUUGCCCUUUUUGAUUCGUUCCUUGCUAAACUAGCCAAGGAUAACAUCCUUCAUGGAGAACAGAACAGUGACAAGGCACUAGAGUUUUGAUCCCUGGAGGUUCUAUAUGGCUGAGCAACAGGAAGUGGAGUACAAAAAAAGUUCUAUUUGGAGAGCUAAACUUAUGUUUGUAUCCUAAACUGAAGCCUGCAUUGUAUUUGAUUUA